AUGGCGCGGCAUUGUGGGGUGAUGGCGGCGCCCCUGGCGCGCCGGGCGGCGGACGGCGCUCGGCGGGUUUGUAGCGCUGCCGCGCAGCGCCCGUGGAAGCUUUUUGGGGCGAUGUGCUUGUUGAGGCUUCCCAGAAUUACGCAGCCGCUGGAAAAGGAGGAGGAAGAGGUGGCGGCGCUCAUGGAGCAGAUAGAGCUGGAGAAGAGCCACUAUUCGGAUCAUGAAAUCCGUAAGCUGGAGGAGGAGGAGCAGCUCAGGAGGAAGAAAGAAAGCUUGUAUGAUGAGGAUGAAGCACGUGGCAAGACAGUCAUCAUGGCUCAGGACCUGGAGGAGAAGUGGGAACAGAAGUUCCUGCAUUUCAAAGCUGCCCCACGGAUAACAGAGGCUGAUAAAAGCAACGAUAGAAAAUCGUUGAGCAGGAAGCUGGACAGCAACCUGAUGCUUCUGGUGAAACAGAAAAUUGGUAACCAGGAUCUGUGGCUCCUGCCUCAAGUGGAGUGGCAGCCUGGAGAGACACUACGGAGCACAGCUGAGCGAGCCAUGGCUAUGUUUUUGGGAGAUCAUGUUCAAGCCAAAGUCCUGGGGAAUGCACCGUAUGGAAUUUACAAGUAUAAAUUCCCCAGGGCCAUCAGAACUGAGAAUAACGUGGGAGCCAAAGUCUUCUUCUUCAAAGCCUACCUCCAAAGCAGUGAUGUUCCCCAGACAGAGCUGAAGGCAGAUUACCUGUGGGUCACAAAGAAGGAGCUGGGAGAUUACCUGAAGUUGGAAUACCUGAAAAAAGUCAAUCGAUUCCUCCUGGACUUGUAAACAAUGGCCUGUGCUCCAGCAGACGGGGAGGAUUUGGAUGUGGCUGCAGGGAGGAGCAUGCCUGCUGCUUUGCAUGGUCUGUGUGUAUGGGAUGUUCACUUGGCAAAUUAUUCUCCAGAGCCCUUUGCCUUAUUUCCCAGUUCUCUUCACUGGC